AUGGAAUGGAGUCAGCAGACGAUAAAACAUCAAAUCGGGGCUGAUCAACAGUUUGGAUUCCAUGAGUUCGUACCUGGUGGUUCGAAUCAGCCCAUAGAACGUCUUGGAGAACUUACCGAGGAAUUUGAGGAUAUUUCAAAACCGACGCCAAGUGGUUUAUGUCUAUUGCCUGCACAAAUUAAGGAGCAGUGUGCUACCGCGGAUAGAUCUCCUACGGACCAGAAGUCUGAAGACGUUAUGGAUGAUGAAGCUAAAUCUAGUGUGUUAGAAGGAUCUGCAGGAGAAGAUUUUGAUCCGUUGACUGUUGACACUAUGGUUGGUUUAAAUAACCACUCCGCGGGUAGCUUCAAUGAAUGUGGCAUUUGUGGACCAGCGAAGGCCAUUUGGGUUCCUGAAACAAGUGAGACCGGUGAGCCGUUGGUGGAGCAAAUUUCCGAACACGGUCAAAAUAUAAAAAUAGAUCCCCUUGAUACGUUCUGGAUCCAGUGUGAUUGCUGUGAAAAGUGGUUCCAUGGGAACUGUGUGGGUGUUGAAGAAUACGAAGACGUACUCAUCGAUAAAUUUCACUGUGCGCCUUGCGCGCAAACUAAUGGGCCAACAAUAAUGAAGAACAUCCUUUUGCGUCAUCGUUUCGCUUUCGACGACGCCACUCAGUCUGAACUUCCUCCAGAGGUUGGCACCGAAGUAUGGAUUAAGAAAUUUGUUGAGACUGAAGCAAGUAUCCCGCCACCUAACGAAAACCAUGCUAUUGUAUGUCGCAAUGGAUUUGAAUUCAUGGACCACUUCAACCGUAGAGAGGAUUGGAAGAAGAUUUAUUUGAUUGAAGAGGCUCGCGGAUUGGAAUUGAGGGUGCCCGAUAAGGACGAGAACUUUUCUCUGCGCUCAAUUAAUUCAGGACGAUCUUUCAAAGUGGAUACCAUAGAUGUGUACCGUCAAGUCACCCAUAGCAUGUCGAUUGGUGCUUUCUAUGAUAAAAUGAUUAGCAAGGAUCGCCCAAGGCUUUAUAAUAUUCUUAGCUUGGAAUUCAGUCAGAAUGAAACCAUGCGCAAGAUGGUCUCUCCACCGAUACUGGUGCCUGAGUUAAGUUUUGUGCACAAACUAUGGCCGGAUAAAAAUGAUCUUAUCAACUGGGAUCCCGAACUUGAUUACUUACCAUCAUCGAUGAAGGUCCGUCAAAUUGUGGAGGUCCUCGAGGAGCAUCGCAGGAAUAAGCCUGAAGUGGCAUUGUUCUGUCUCUGUGGGAUGGGUGGUUCUUACACCGAUUUCCACAUAGACUUUGGAGGUUCGAGCGUGUGGUACCAUAUUUACGAGGGGCAAAAGGUGUUCUACAUAGUGGAGCCAACAGAUGAAUUUCUUGACCUAUUUGAACAUUAUCAGCGUUCUGACAACAAAACCGAAGUUUUCUUCGGUGAUCUCUUGCCCAAAGGAGCGCUGCGAAGGGUGUUCAUAAAUGCUGGACAGACGUUGAUGAUUCCUUCGGGAUGGAUACAUGCGGUAUACACACCGGUGGACUCACUAGUUUUCGGAGGAAAUUUUCUGCAUGCUUUGAAUGUCCCCAUGCAGCUCAAGGUGUACGAGAUGGAGCAGAGAUUGAAAAGGGAAGUGGGAUGGGAGGAAAAAUUUUUGUUUCCUCAUUUCGAGUUAGUGAACUGGUACGCAGCGAGAUCUUUUGUAUUGGAGCACCUUCGAGAAGCUAAUGAUGAAGGAAAUAGAGCGGACAAAUAUAUGUUAGAUGCAGCGCGGGCGUUAUUACCCCGCUUGAGGGAAUGGAUGCGAAGAGAUAAAGAAGAUAAAGCAAACUUCACGCAUUCGUCUUUCCACGAUGUCUUAGCCAAAUUACAGAAGGAAAUAAAUAGGCAGGAGCGUAUGCGCCGUUCAUUGUCUCCACUCAGCAGAUCCCCCAGAAAGAAGCCAAAAAAGCGCAAAUCUGAGGAUACUGAGCCACCAAGUCCCGCUGAAGUUAACCGGGGCUUCUCUUCUUCAAGUUCGGUACUGCCAUGUUCAAGUCGAAUAGAGCCAGUGAGUGCCUCUAGUGUGCCUGUGGAGAAGGUGCAUGAGAAAAAGCCGUCCGCUCCAGCAGGAAACGAGUCAACGUCUGAAUUGGACACAGAUCUAGUAGCCGACUUUCGACUCAAACUGACCAAAAAGGGAAAGAGUAUGUUUGCACGCCGAAGUCAUAGUGGACGAAAGCCUCGUCCAUCCGCUUGGCUCGCAGCAGCUAUAGGAUUGGAUGAGCUAGAAAAAACAUCGAAGCAAUUAGAGGAAGUAGGCGAUCAGUUGCCUUUACGUGAAGUAGUUUCUUAUGAAGCAGAAAUGGAAAGGGCGUGCGAGGAAGAGGAGGCAGAGCUACUUCGUGAGAUGAAUAAGAAAAAGGGAAAAGAGAAAAGCACACCAGCUGCAGGUAUAUUUCUAUGCAUACAGUUAUCAUUACCA